GCCCGGCGCCGGAAGUAGGGCGGGGAGCGUCCGGUCGGCGAGCGCUUCCGGUUCCGCUCAGGCAGCGCGAGGCGCGUCUUUGGUUCGUGAGGCGGCGGCGGGAAGGAAGGCAGGCAGGCAGGCAGGCGGGCAGAGGGGAGCCGCGCAGGGAAGGAGGACCGACGCCGCCGCCAGCAUGGUGAGGGGGCGGGGGGGAUGGGGGCCCCUUCUCCCCUUAUGGGGGACACGAGAGCCCCUAUGGAGUCCUUAAGGGGGGAGGAGAGAAUAGCGGAGGCCCAGCAGAGAAUAUUGAGAAGCAAGGCAGCUCGGAAGCCCGAUCUCUAUUGAUCUGUUGCAACGGGGUCCUCACUCCCCACACGCAGGAGGGAGGAGGAACCCAGAAGAAUGGUGCGCAAGGCCUUAUAAAGACUUUUGAACUUGCCACCCUGUAGAUCAAGACCACCCCCAGAAACAUCAUCCAUACAUCACAGAAAAGGCGGUCUAAGCAGAGAUUUGAAGGUUGUUUCUCUCCUGUCCUUGUUUACCUCCUUUCUGGCAGGUUACCUGUUAAUGGUGACUUGAUUGGAUACCCUGGGGAGCCUGGCCAGUCUUUCGUAAUGAUAAAUACUUAGUUCCUGAGCCAGGUAACAGGCUCACCCUAUUCAAACACAGGCAUGCACUUAAGGCAGGAUUUGUGAAGGAAAAGACAAUGGGGAGGCUUUUCCACUUUGACCUCAAAAUACCUAUCAAACUCCCCCCCCACUCUCCCCUCCCCCGCAGACGGUGGGCAAGAGCAGCAAGAUGCUCCAGCACAUCGACUACCGCAUGCGCUGCAUCCUGCAGGACGGCCGCGUCUUCAUCGGCACCUUCAAGGCUUUUGACAAGCACAUGAACCUCAUCCUCUGCGACUGCGACGAGUUCAGGAAGAUCAAGUGAGUGGCCGGGGGGGAGGGGCUAGGGGCCCCCCUCAGCAACACCCCCCAAGCAGAGGCCGGCCCAGGAGGGGCCCCCGACCCAGCCCCUCAUGACACCUCCUGAGGCACAAACCAGUCGGGUGGAAGGAGGGGCAUCUGCAACCAGGGCUAUAGCUCGGGGUUGGAGAGGUGGGCCCCCGCCAGGGGCGCAGGCUGGGGGCACGCUGCUAAACUGGCUUAAAAUGUGCUUAUAAAUAUGUCUAUAAAUAGAAAUAUUGAUUCUUGCCUCAUAAAAGGUUUUAAAUAGAGGGUGAAUUGAAUGGGGGUGGAGGAGAGGCAGAAAGAAGAGCUCAUUUGUCAAUGGUUGGGGGCACAAUCUGGACAGUUCUGCCAGGGGUGCAGGAUCACGCCACCAAAGGAGCCCUGAAGGCGGCUGGGGUCUCCCCCUGCCUGGUCCUCCUUGGGGAAGGGCAGGGCCAUUGGAAGGCUCUCCGAAGGCAGCAAGGGCAGGCCUUCCUAUCAGCCCAUAGGACCCCAGGGAAGGUGGUGCUUCUGCCAUAGCCUGGGGGCCCCAUUUGGUCUCUCUCCCCCCCUUGACCCCCCUCCAAUGUGGCAUAAGACACCUACCUCUCUAAGGGGCCAACAGGUCGCCCCCUGAAAGGUAAGUGUAGGGGGCAGAGAUGCUUGUGACACAGCUUUGGGUUGCUUCUUCCUUCCUUCUUCUAGGCCCAAGAACUCCAAGCAGCCUGAGCGGGAAGAGAAGCGAGUGCUGGGCCUGGUGUUGCUGCGAGGAGAGAAUCUGGUCUCUAUGACAGUCGAGGGGCCACCCCCAAAAGAUGUAAGCGGAGCCAGAUAUGGGGAGAUGUUUGCUCGUGAUCUUGUCCUUUCCCAGAAUAGCUUAGUAGAGGGGCCUGACGGCACCCCUUUAAAAUUGCAAGGCAUCGACUAAGUCUGGCUUUUGGGGUUUGCUCUAAAAUAUUUACAGUCAGCUUCUGGAACCAAAGGACAUGCCAGUAUAUAUUUAUUUUGAAAUGUCUGCUUCUUCUACAUAUCAGGAAUAGCACAGAAUCAAAAUUCAACAUGGAGAGUACCAGGGAGGGGUAAGAAAUCAGUCAGAGAGGAUGGGGAUUAAUGGUGGCAGAGAGGAGAAGGGCAGCCAAAUAUUCCUUGUUGUGGUACUUGGAAGAAAGAAACUGGAGUUUCAGGGGAGUGCUGGGAGAAAAGUCAGAUUUUGGGGUUGGGAAGACAAAGGUGAAGCAGAUAAAUGUAUGUGUCAGUCCAUCCCCAGAUUUAAAAAAAAUAUUAUUAUGCAAGUGGUGGCCUGACUCACUGCUGAGCAUGGUAGGUUUUUUGUUAAGAACUUCACCACCACUGGAAAACUGUCCUGCUGCAGUGACUGUUUGGCUCUUUCAGACUGGCAUCGCUCGCGUGCCCCUGGCUGGAGCCGCUGGAGGACCUGGUGUUGGCAGAGCUGCUGGAAGGGGCGUCCCUGCAGGAGCUCCCAUGCCCCAGGCACCCGCAGGCCUGGCUGGCCCCGUGCGUGGUGUUGGUGGCCCAUCCCAGCAGGUAAGCAGGAGGCACGUCCUCCCAAUAAAUGGCUUGAGGGGGGGAGGAGUCUGGGGCAGCUCAAGGACAUUGGCAUUGGAUGUUUGCAGGGGAGGGAACAGCAGUGGAUCCCUCCAGCUUGGGAUCUCACUUGCAGAUCUCUAAAAGCCUCUUCUCCCCUCCCAGGUGAUGACUCCUCAGAGCCGAGGGACAGUUGCUGCCGCAGCGGCUGCCGCAACGGCCAGUAUUGCAGGAGCCCCCACUCAGUAUGCGCCAGGCCGCGGAGGUCCCCCUCCACCUAUGGGCAGAGGGACCCCACCUCCAGGUAAGCAGCAACCCAGUUGCCUCCCCCACCCAGACUGGCAGAACCUGGGAUGAAAUGACAGUAACUGAGCACCGUGAAGAGUUGGUGUCAAAGCAGGAUUACUCUGAGGUUCACUUUGGGACUUCGGGGAGGGGUGGUCUGCGGAGUCAAGGGGACUGAAGUGGCUUCCUUUUCACUGCAGGGAUGAUGGGGCCUCCCCCUGGCAUGAGGCCCCCCAUGGGCCCCCCGAUGGGCAUGCCGCCUGGCCGAGGCUCCCCGAUGGGCAUGCCACCUCCUGGAAUGAGGCCUCCUCCCCCUGGCAUGAGAGGUGAGUUGGCUUUGAGCCUGAGUCAAGGGCUGGCUGCGAGGUAAAGCCAAAUCCAGAGUCCUUUUCUGCUGCCUGUUGGCCUCCUGUGAAUGGAAAUCUCACUGGAGCAAGACAGAAGCCCUUGAUAAGCUUGGAACUAAGGGGAGGGGCAAGGUUGUCCUUGGGGCGCAAGAGCACUGCUGCCUCCUGGGGCAGCACCUGCAAAGCUGAUUGCCUCUGUUCUGUCCUUUCUAGGUCCUCCUCCUCCUGGCAUGCGCCCACCCAGGCCCUGAGAGGUGACGCUGUGAAGGGAGCAAAAUUUGAGCCUUUGGACUUCUGUCUUGUUCACCCUGAGGGAAUGGUGGGGUGGGGGGGUUGUGUGUAUGUUUUAUAUUUUGGGGGUUGUCAUGUUGCCCUUUCUAAUAAACACUGGGAAAUUUCCUGCU